AUGGUUACGGAUUCUAUACGACUUAUGCUUUUAGCAUCUGGUACCAUCGAUAAGGAUUCUAAUUAUAUUCGCUCCAAUACUGUUCUUCGUGGUCAUCAUCGUACUAUGAUGGCUGCUAUGUCCAAGGUAAUGCUUACUUCCUUUUUGACUGCCGAUCAUGGUAGUGAAUAUGUGCCCAAACUCCUCAACGAAAACAAUGAACUUUUGGUAGCUGUACGUAACUUUGUGGGGACUUGUCAAGACAUUGGUGUACCAGUUCAACACAUUGAUCCCAAAUUGGUAUUGGAUGGUGAUUCUACUGGAUACAAACAAGCAUCACAAAAAAAAUCAGAACAACAAGCCAAAUAUGCUCUUCAACAUGAUCUUGCUGAUAAUUUGGAUGUCUAUGGGACAAAUAUGCAUGAAUCAGUAGAUGCCAUUCUCUUCAAUAUCAAGGCUGGCCGACAACAAGAAGAUGAUCAUUUUACUGACAACUAUCGAUUUCUUUUUGGUACCAAAAUGUUUACUCAAUUCCGAAAUCUUUCAAGUCAAACUGGUCAAUUCCUUGGUCUUGUGGAUGAUAUUGAUUUUGUCACUGUGGAGGGAUCACCAUUGAUAUCUGAUUUGCAACAGAAUAAACAAGCACUUUCUGAUGGAUUGGGUCGACUGUUUUGCCAUCUUCAACAAGUGACCAAUCAACAUGUACCUCUCGAUAACGUACUUUUAGAUGUAGAAAUGGCCGCUAAAAGUAUUCAUAUUCCCAUUCGAAAUAUUUGUGAAUGUAUCAAUAUUUUGGUUUACGAUAACGAUAUAACAACUCGCCCAUCUUUGGAUACCAUUGCAACGGAUACCAUCAAACACACAACAAUAUCUUCAACAACAAAUGCUUACAGUGAUGGUGAUGACGGUCUUAUUGAUGAUCGAUCAUCAAGCGAUUCGCGGGCGAACGCAACAUCCAAACCAAAAAUAACAACGGCUAUUAUGGAAAAGACACCAAAUGCACCAGUAACCAAUGAUCCUUCUACAGCAUCACAAGAAUUAGAAGUUACCAAAUCAUCACAUAAACUCAAAAAGUUCUUUGGUGAUGAUGUUCCUUCAUCAGACAUUGUGACAACAAACCCUACAACGGCGGACCGACCAUCCUAUCUAUCGUAUGAUUAUGAUUUGUCAGAUAUUUCAUUCAACAUGGAAGGUAAUGUGAAAGGCGGUACACUGGCAGCUUUGGUGGAACGGUUGACUCUACAUGAUUAUCUGGAUAUGAAUUUCAACAACACGUUUUUACUAACAUACCGGUCCUUCUGCACAUCAACCGAAUUAUUGGAUUUAUUGGAAGCUCGGUACAACCUGGUACCACCAUCCGAUAUCUCAGAUGAUGACAUGGAAAUAUGGCGGCAAAAAAAACUGAAAUUGGUACGACUCCGUGUAUUCAACGUACUCAAGAACUGGUUGGAAGUGUACUACGAUGAAGAAGAUCAAAUCAUUCUAGACCGACUGAUGAAAUUUACUGACACAACCAUCCGGAUGACCCUCAGUUUUUCGACGGAUCAACUGGAACGACUGAUUCAAAAGAGAAAGGAAGGCACUGAAAUGGACGUGGGUGGAUUAAAAAAAUUGGUAUGGACACCUCAAUCCAUUCCUCAAUCGAUUUUACCUCGCAAUCCGAAAAAAUUCAAACUUUUGGACCUAGAUCCCACUGAACUGGCCCGACAAUUGACUAUUAUGGACUUCAAAAUGUAUAGUUCUAUUCGACCUAUUGAAUGCUUGGAUAAAUCUUGGUCUCGUGAAACUCCUGAUGAUGCUGCUCCUACUUCUGUCAAUAUCCGUGCCUCUAUUGAAUAUUGUAAUCAAGUCACCUCUUGGGUUUCAGAUGCUAUUCUAAGUCAAAAUGAUAUUAAGAAACGUUGUAAUUUGAUCAAGUUUUGGGUACAAGUAGCUGAGAAAUGUCGUGAAUUGAAUAAUUUUAAUACUUGUAUGGCUAUUCUUUCCGCUUUUGAUAAUAGUUCUGUAGGUCGUUUGAAAAGAACUUGGGAGAUGGUGGGAGCUCGUACCAAUCAAAUCCUAUCACAAAUUCGAAAAAUCAUGGGUGCCAAUCGUAACUUUAGUGAAUAUCGACAAUUGAUUCAUUCAGUGAAUCCUCCUUGUAUUCCAUUCCUUGGUAUUUAUCUUCAAGAUUUGACAUUUAUUGAAGAUGGCAAUUCCAACAUUAUCAAGAAAUCCAAAGAUUUGAUUAAUUUUGCUAAACGAGAAAAGACAGCCGAAGUGAUUCGAGAAAUCCAACAAUAUCAAACCUUAUUCUACAAACUCAAGACAGUGGAUGAAGUACAAUCUUUUAUUCGUGCCAAUCUACAAAGUACAAGAGAUGAAGAUCAAUUAUAUAAGGAAAGCUUGAAAUUGGAACCAAGGGAACGCGAAGAUGAAAAAAUCACACGUCUUUUGCAAGAAUCUGGAUUUUUGUAG